CGCCGCUUCGUACCGCGUCCUGAGCCGCCUGCUCGGCUAUGGAGAGGCGGUCCCCGAGCCAGGCCCGCCGCCGCCGCCCCCGGGCCAUGGCCCCCCGCCGCCACCCUUCCUCGCGCGGCCCGGCCCGCGGGGCUCCCGGCCGCCGCAGCUGAUGGUGUUCCGCAACGUGGGUCGGCCGCCGGAGGAGGAGGACGCGGAGGCGGCCCCGGAGCCGGGACCCUCGGAACUGCUGUGUCCCCGGCACCGCUGUGCCCUGGACCCCAAGGCCCUGCCGCCGGGGUUGGCGCUCGAGCGGACCUGGGGCCCGGCGGCUGGACUGGAGGCGCAGUUGGCGGCUCUGGGGCUCGGGCAGCCGGCGGGGCCGGGGGUCAAGACGGUCGGUGGGGGUUGCUGCCCGUGCCCGUGCCCCCCGCAGCCGCCCCCUCCGCAGCCCCAGCCGCCUGCUGCCGCCCCGCAGGCCGGGGAGGACCCCACGGAAACGAGCGACGCGCUUUUGGUCCUGGAGGGCUUGGAGUCGGAGGCCGAGAGCCUGGAGACGAACAGCUGCUCGGAAGAGGAGCUCAGCAGCCCGGGCCGCGGAGGAGGAGGGGGCGGCCGGCUUCUGCUGCAGCCCCCGGGUCCCGAAUUACCCCCGGUUCCCUUCCCGAUGCAGGACUUGGUCCCCCCAGGGCGCUUGGGUAGAGGGGAGCCGCAGCAACCGCCCCCGCCUCCGCCCCCUCCUGGGCCCCUCCGGCCACUGGCUGGCCCUUCUCGGAAGGGCUCCCUCAAAAUCCGCCUCAGUCGCCUCUUUCGCACGAAGAGCUGCAACGGCGGCUCCGGCGGCGGGGAUGGGGCCGGCAAGAGGCCUUCUGGAGAGCUGGCUGCUUCUGCUGCGAGCCUGACAGACAUGGGAGGCUCUGCGGGCCGGGAGCUGGACGCGGGGAGGAAACCCAGGUUGACAAGAACUCAAAGUGCCUUUUCUCCGGUCUCCUUCAGCCCCCUGUUCACAGGUGAAACUGUGUCGCUUGUGGACGUGGACAUCUCUCAGCGGGGCCUGACCUCUCCACACCCUCCAACUCCCCCUCCUCCUCCGAGAAGAAGCCUCAGCCUCCUAGAUGAUAUCAGUGGGACGCUGCCUACAUCUGUCCUUGUGGCUCCGAUGGGGUCUUCCCUGCAGUCUUUCCCCCUACCUCCGCCUCCUCCACCCCAUGCCCCAGAUGCGUUUCCCCGGACGGCUCCCAUCCGAGCAGCUGAAUCCCUGCACAGCCAGCCCCCCCAGCAUCUCCAGUGUCCCCUCUACCGGCCCGACUCAAGCAGCUUUGCCGCCAGCCUUCGAGAGUUGGAGAAGUGUGGUUGGUACUGGGGACCAAUGAACUGGGAAGAUGCAGAGAUGAAGCUGAAAGGGAAGCCAGAUGGCUCUUUCCUGGUACGAGACAGCUCUGACCCUCGCUACAUCCUGAGCCUCAGUUUCCGGUCACAGGGUAUCACCCACCACACAAGAAUGGAGCACUACAGAGGAACUUUCAGUCUGUGGUGUCACCCCAAGUUUGAGGAUCGUUGUCAGUCGGUGGUGGAAUUCAUCAAGAGAGCCAUCAUGCACUCCAAGAAUGGGAAGUUCCUCUAUUUCCUGAGAUCCAGGGUUCCAGGACUACCACCAACUCCAGUCCAGCUGCUCUACCCUGUGUCUAGAUUCAGCAAUGUCAAAUCCCUCCAGCACCUUUGCAGAUUCCGAAUCCGACAGCUCGUCCGGAUAGAUCACAUCCCGGAUCUCCCACUGCCUAAACCUCUGAUCUCUUAUAUCCGAAAGUUCUACUACUAUGAUCCUCAGGAAGAGGUGUACCUGUCUCUAAAGGAAGCGCAGCUCAUUUCCAAACAGAAGCAAGAGGUCGAACCCUCCACGUAGCGAGGGGCCCCCUGCUGAUCGCCACCACGGGCAUUUGGUUGCCAAGCUCCAGUUUUGAAGAACCAAAUGAAGCUACUGUGGAAGGGGGAGUGAGGAGAAACGAGGGAGUUGGAAGGGCUGAGAUCCUCCGUGCGAAGACUUUGGUCCCCCUCGCAGCCCUGGGGCUUGGAAGAAGCACACGACCACACUCUGUGCGCGGGGCUCCACCUCGUCACGCCCAGCCCCUGCGCUACCCUGGAGCUGGACGAGCUCCUCGGAAAACUGGAAGAAGUCUCAGCACUGUUCCUUUUUUAGAUGUUUUGUUUUGGAUAUUUGCAUUUCUCGGUAUGGAAAACUUCCUUUAAAGGCAGCUGGGGUCUGUGCCCAUUGGACUGGAAGUGGUGCCAAGGGUGAGCCAGGUCCGAGGGAGGGAUGGGGUGGGAGGGGAUUGCCAGUGACGGUCAUUCAGCUGGUGCCAAAGGCAGAGUGUGAGUGUUCACCGUUGACCUUGAAGAAGGGAAGAGAAGGAGUCAGAAGUGCAAAUCGAGUUGGGAGUUUCUGAGGGAUGAGGAUCCUCUUCUGUUUGAGCAUGGGUAGCUUCAGUGGGAGCAGGGAAGAAGUGAGGGUGGGUAGUCUCGAAUAGAAGAUUGCUGAAGAACUGGCAGAGGGCCUCUGGCAGGGAAAGCAGGGACGCCUCACAUCCUUUUCCUUUAAAGUUUAGGAACCUGGUUUCAGAAUCACCUCUCAUAGAAGCUGUGUUAGUUUUGUCAUACUGAAUUCCUCAGUUUUGUGACCUCAAGUCAGUCCCGUUCUUCCUCCACCCUCCUCCCCUCCCCUUGAGAUAACUGUACAUUUCACUCUGAUCAUGGUAGCAUCAUUCCUGUUGCUUCUGCCAGCUGCCAAGGCAAUAGAGCAAUCGACUUCCUCAUCACCUGAGCAGUUGAGAGCCCUAAUCAUGAGCUGCUAAAGUUAAUGGAGCAUGCUUCCAGAUUCUUAAUGGCAGACUAUACCCAUGACUUAGGAGUCAGUGUUACUUAUCUCCAUAUGUCUGUCAGCGAGUGAGAGGGAAUAUGGAGAAUGGGGAGAAACGAAGCUCUCGUGAUAGCGCUCUUCCGAGAAGCUCUCCAGUGUCUCAGCCUUAAUGGAGUGUCUUUGGAUCAGAGAAGAGGAGAGCGUUGGAUCUCGUGUUUUUAGGUUUAUCCCUGUUGUCCCACUUCUGGGAUGGGAGGUAGCAAGGGCUUUUUUAUUUUCCUGUUUUUUCUAGCAACCUAAACAUUUUCCCAAGUCUGAUCCUGUUUGCCUCCCCCUUCAUUGGGAAGUCUGUCUGGUGCUGAUUUGGGAGUUGUCCACCUUCCAGACAGAAAUGGAGGAGUGGAGUGGGUGGGGGGUGAAGCUCCGGUGUGUUUCAUGGUUGUUGAGUUUUUCUGAAGUGGGCCAUUGUCAAGUCAUUAUGUCAAGAUAUUAUGUCAAGAUAUUAUGAGUUUGCUUUUCUGUAGAGUUACUCUGGGGAGAGGUUUGCUGUUAAGAUGUGAAGAUUGAGCUGUUUGCGUGUUUACUGCUUUUUUUCGUACAUGUUCCAUUAGCCUACCUGGUUCCCCUGGGUUUAUAUCUGCCUCGUCUCAUGAGAUAAAUGGUAUCUUCAGGUUUGUGGUUUCCUGAUGGUUUGGGGUGAGGCCCCAGUGUCUUGGUAAUUUAUAGGACUGCCUCAUCUGGAAGCGCUGGCCUUCUGCCUUAUGUCUUGCAUGGAAUGACCAGUCUUCCUCCUCAUAGCGGAACAGGAAGGAAACGUGCAUUGUUAUCUGUCUGGAAAGAGGGGGUCACAAAAUGAGCUUCGUAGCAUAAACAUAGCCCACCUCUGAUGUGUCAUGAGGCACCUCUUUUCUGCUUGGGUCCCAUGGGAGUGUCACCAACCAGUGAAGACAGUGGUCCCGGAAAUUGGCUGAACCUGUGAGUCUCGCCUCUUGAGGGUGCGGAUGAACUUGCCGUCUUGCAGAAGGUGCCCCCCAGCUCGAGAGCCCGAAGUCUGCAAUCCAUCGGGAUCCUUGAGUAGCUGACGUGCAGCUCUUUGGAUUUUUUGGGCCUUUUUUCUUUUAGACAUUUCAGCCACCCAUACUUUUUAAAAAAUUCUUUUUUUAUAGUGUGUUUUAAUGCAUUUCCCUGGCUCUGGGGUAGAUAUUGUGAGAAACACAAGAGGGGAAAGACACCAUAUCUGGCCUAAGGGAGCUUUUAAGUGACUGCCCCACGUGCAGCAGCUGCAGAAUGACUCUGUGUGGCAGCAAGAACCAAGGUCUGUCUUUAAAGAAAUUCAGCUGGGUAAGAUCAGGACAGACCAGAUGGUCUGGGAGAGCUCUGUGGCAGUGAGGCCUUCGGGUCCUAGAUGAGGUAAGACAGACAGGAAACACACAACAGAAACAUGGAAACAGCAAUCUGCAGGGUGUUCUGAACAGGACACAGCCCCAGGUUAGGCGACGGUGUCAGUCACUCCUUUCUCAGGGCCUGUGGUUUCGAUGGAAACUUGUAGUCAUCAGGCAAGUCUCAGUGCUGAGGGCUUGUGAUGGUGAAGUGGAAUCCAAAGCCAGAAGUUGGCUGGUUCCUGCCCGUGGCCAGGGGCUUCACUGCUCUCAGUGUAGUCCAGGGAGGGAGGCAGAGCCCUUGUACCCCUUGUGGUACCAGAGGUUUCCACUGGACAAUUCCUGCAGUCAGGUCCAGAACCAAACCAGCUGAGGAGGCAUGAUCCAAGCUCACCACCAUCCUUCUUUCUCCUUCUGGGAGAGCGUAGUAUGCACACGUGUCCGUGAUUUGUCUGUGUGCUAGUCAUGGCCCAGGCUAUAGCCUAGACCUUCCUCAGUAGAGCAAGACAGUUACACAGGGAGAGGCAGGCUCCAUCGGGAGGUGAGGGGAGGAAGAAGCGGGAGUGGGGCAGCUGGCUGAGCGGCCUGCCUGGUCAGAGAGGGAACAGGAGUGGCUGCCCUGUCGCCAGCACUCCCCUUCAUCUUUCCAGGCUGGGCCCACUCCUCCUUUGCCAGUUCUGUGUCGUGCUAAUCGAAAUGCAGUCCACAACUCAGUCCUUUUUGCUUGUUGUAUUUUAAAGUCACAAACUGGGAAAGGUUCUCACCUCCAGGGACCCAUCAUUGAUUUUGCAACCCACAAUUAAUGGGUCCUUGCCUGUGUGACCCUUACUUGUUCGUGAUUGAUCUACUGUAACCUUCCUCAGGACAGGUGUGAACCACUGUGAGCUAAGAGACAACUAUUGCUACAAUUUGCUGUUGCUUGAAAUUCAAGUGCUGUGGCAGGAGCACAGAAUAAGGAGGGUGGGGCUUUGCUCUGAGGACUAGGGAAGUGGGUAACGGCUGGGAGUUUGGGACCGUUGGCGAUGGCUUUGGCCCGGUGGCCAGCCUGUGCCUAGAUUAGUGAAUGUGAGCCGCUGCCUACAGCGUGCAGGCUUCUGAGAGGAGAGGCUUGGUGGGGAGCUCGCCAUUAGGGUUUCUACUCCUCCUCUCCUCCCUCUCCCCAGGGGCUGAUGGUGUCAGCCUCCCUAAGGUUGGGAGUGCCGCGGAGACGGCUGCAAACCCGCCUACGGUGCACAUCCAGGAAGAACUGGGGAGCCGCGAGGGGGCUGAGUGCUCACACAUCCGGGUAUGAGAGCCAAAAGUAGAGCUGGAUGCCCCGGGGUGCCUGCCUUUUUGGCCCUCACCCUAGGCCCCCAAAAGGGCAAGACUGCUUGAAGCCCUCAGGUCCCAGCAGGAAACGGGGCUAGGUGAGACUUUUCCCUUAGGUUAGACCCUUUCCCUGCCCUGCUGCCUUUGCCUUGGCUUUGAGCCCUGGAAAUGGAGGGCGAGGUGCUGGGAUCUGGCUCUCUGGCUGCAGGAAGGAGCUCUGAAAGUCAGUGUGUGUGCGUGUCCGCGUGUGUAUGUCCGUGUGUGUGUCCGCAUGCGUGUCUUCAUUUGCAGGGGUCUUGCUACCGGUUGGGGUGUUGAAAGCCUCUCCAUUGUGGGGAGACCUGCCAUUUGUUUUCCACUUUAAAGAGAAUGACAUGCCCCCUGUCCCUAAGGGAGGAGCUUUUGAGUUAGACAUUUUCCCUAUGGGAAUCCUCUUGGUUUGGUUUGUUGUGGGGGGGUGGGGGGUGGAUAACUGAUUUUUAGCUCUAAUUGUCAACACAGCUGUUCUUACACUGAAUUUGUGCUAUUGCAUACAUGUAGCCAUCUUUCUUUUCACUGCAGCAGUGUUUAUCAGUAGUUCAAAAUGAUUUAUUUGCUCCUGGGGAGUAAAAAUCUUUUUUAUUAAAAAA